AUGCCGGGACUUCAGAAGAUUCUGAAUGGUGUCAUCCGGUUCCGACAAACUGUUCGAAAGGAUUUGGUCAAGCAAUUCGAACAAGUCCGUGACAAUCCGCAUCCAACAGCUGUCUUCUUCACUUGUAUGGAUUCGAGAAUGCUUCCAGCAAGAAUCACCUCAAGUCAAGUUGGAGACAUGUUCGUUGUCCGGAACUCUGGAAAUAUGAUUCCCCAUGCCAACAAUUAUGGACCAUCCGGCUACGAAGUCUCCGUUACUACUGAACCAGCCGCAUUAGAAUUGGCUGUUAAGCGUGGAAAGAUCAACCAUGUCAUUGUAUGUGGACACUCGGAUUGCAAGGCCAUCAACACAUUGUACAAUCUUCACAAGUGUCCAAAAUCGUUUGAUCCAGAAUCGCCAAUGGACCACUGGCUUCGAAGACACGGAUUCAAUUCUAUUAAGAAAUUGGAAAAGCGACUAGCGGAUAAGAAGGCCGGACCAAUUGAGUUCGUUAGUGACAAUCCAUUGUUCUCGUUCCAAGCAAUUAUCGAUCCAGAGGACAAGUUGAAUGUGGAGGAUAAGCUUUCCCAAAUCAAUACUCUCCAACAGUUGGAGAACGUCGCUAGUCAUGGAUUUUUGAAAGAGUUCCUCGAGUCGCAAACCGUUGAUUUGCAUGCUAUGUGGUUUGACAUUUACACCGGAGAGAUGCACAUGUUCAGCAAACCCAACAACCGUUUUGUUCUUAUCGAAGAGUCCAAUGUUGAGGAGCUCAUUGAUGAAGUUGAAAAGCAUCAGACCUAA